UCUCUAUCGCAUCAAUAUCUUAAGCCCCUCUUUUGAGUUUGUGUGUGCAUUUGUUUUAACCUCCCACCUCCACCAGGCUCGCAUUAAUCCCAACCAACUUUAUUUUUCCACAAUGGGAGGUUGUGCGAGCAAACCCAAGGGUAUGGAUCUCCACCCAACCGAGGUUCCCACUACACCCACAAACGAGCCCCAGCCCCAGUCCCAGCCAAAGGCAACUGAGACCAUUACUCAGGGAAACAAUGAUGGAGGUGAGAAUGCAUCUACAACAUUGGUGGACCUGUCCAAGUCCUUCGAACCAAAACAGGAUGAAGCUGUUGGAGAUGUUAAGCUCAAGUCAGCCCCUAGAGUUUCUAAUUAUGAUAAAUCGACUACUCCUAACCUUACCCAUGACGAGAAAGUCGAAGGCAUUGCCAAAGAAACAGAGGACAAGAAUGAAGCUAUUGUCCAAAACACUCAGACCAAGGAGGGCCACCCUAGGACGACGUUUGGUGCCGAUGCUGCCAAAUCAGAUGCCACUCCAACUCCAACUUCUGAACACAAAACCAUGGCACCUCUUGAUGUAGCAAUCUAACAUAACUCACACUUUUUAUUUAUUUAUCUUCUAUAUAUAUAUAUAUAUAUAUAUAUAUAUAUAUAUAUAUAUAUAUAUAUAUAUAUAUUCAACUCAUCAUAUAUUCAUAUCAACUCCACUUAUCCGACUAUUCAUAUUUCUCGAAACCAACUAACAACUCUUUAUUUUAUACAUUAUUCAUAAUCUUCUACUUAA